CCAUGCUUUUAGGGCGCUCGUCCGUUUCGAGGAAAAUGGCGUGCAUGGAGCUCUCGAUCUGAGUUAGUUGAAGGAAUCCGGUGAUUUAUUAGUCAUCCUUGUAGAUCAAGGCGUGAAGCUUGUCGGCCGUGACUCCCAGUCCUUUGAUCUACAAGUAAAUAUCUUAUUCCGAUCAUCUUCCCGGCAUAACCAUGUCUGACGUGGAAACAGAUGACGCUCCCUCUGCGGUUGCUUCUGGCGGAGCGAUGGAUGUCAAUACAGCUCUUCAAGAAGUGUUGAAGAACUCGUUGAUCCAUGACGGAGUGGUCCAUGGACUUCACGAGGCGGCGAAAGCACUUGAUAAAAGGCAAGCAAUGUUAUGUAUCCUGGCAGAGAACUGCGACGAACCGAUGUAUAAGAAAUUGGUUCAAGCACUGUGUAACGAACAUCAGAUUCCUUUGAUAAAAGUCGACAACAACAAGAAGCUCGGUGAAUGGGCAGGCCUCUGUAAAAUCGACAGUGCUGGAAAGGCACGAAAAGUUGUUGGUUGCUCCUGUGUCGUCAUAAAAGACUUUGGCGAAGAGACUCCCGCUAAGGAUGUUUUAAUGGAAUACCUAAAACAGAGCUCUGUGCAUUAGAUAUUUUAAUAAAAGAAAUUUACUAAAA